CUGUGCAUUAGUGCAUCGCUGAUUUAGUUUUUUUGAUUUAUUUGUUAAUUGUUUUGUAUACGGAUUCUGAUGUUUAUGAAUGAAAUUAAUAAUAUUUUUGUGUGUUUUCGUGUUUAGACCAAAGUUUAAAAUAUUUACAAUCUAAGGACUGGUACAUGUGUUAAUUAAAAGGUGCAUCGAAUUUGAUGUUAUAUAUUUUCAAUGAUCAUGACGUGACAUAAAAGGCCGAAAUGGAAGAAGAAAAUUCAAAUAAAGUUAGCGGCCUUCCUCCAUCUGGCUCUGACGUCAGUGAAACGAUUUCUAACGGUGACGGAAAUUUGGGAAAUAAAACAAAUAAUACAAGUGAUAAUUCAGUUGUAGUGAUAAAAGAAGAAAGCGGUAUUAGUAUUGAAACUUUAGAGGGCUGUCAUAAUGAAAGUAUAAAUUUAAAACAAUCAUUUGUGGGAAAUGGGUCUUGUGAAGCGAUUGAUGUGCGGUCAAUUAGUGACCUUGACAGUUUGCCGGUUGGAGAUGAGUUAGCGCUCGGUGCAGCUGGAAGUGAUAGUGGUGUUGAGGGUUGUGGUCGAGCUCUGAGUAGUGGUGGAGGAUCCCGUUCUUGUGCUUCCAGUGUGGUCUCUUGUGGUUCAGGCUGUGGAUCUGAAAGCUCAUCCUUAGCCGGUGCUCCUCCUCGUCCCCGUCGUCGAGUUAAUGUAACUGUGACGGAACCAAAAAGAAGUUCACCCGUCGGUACAUCAACUCCUCGUCCAGCGACAGCACCUCGUGGACCUAACCUGGCAACUCGUGAACGGGCAAGAAGUCGAGAAAAACCAACACCGCCAGAAAAACCCAGACCUCUGACACCCAAACCACGUAUUCGUCCAACUGCAGAUCUUCCUAAUCUGGUCCGCGAGAGUCCAGCUUUACGUGCCAAACCUACAAAAACUUCCACUGCUAGAUGUAGAACACCAAAUUCCCCUGUUGACGAGAAAAAAUGGCCUACUAACGGACAACGACUCCCUAUUGCAACUGAUGCAUCUGCUACUCGAGUAGCAGCGGAUAAAUACGGCACAUUACCAAGAAGAAGGCGAGAUGCUGAUCCAGAUUCAUCUCCAAAACACGAAAAUACACCACCUUCCCGGAGACCCACUGUAGCUCGUUCCGUAUCUUCGCGUUCUGUGACAAAAACGCGGGUGAGGAUUUAUGCCGAAAAAGUUUCGCAGACUGUUUUGUGUGGAACCGAUAUCGAAUCGGCUUUUGCAGGAAUCGUGCCAAAUAUUGAGAGUCGUAUAGAUGUCACUCGCUGUCAUCGUGGUGUUCAAGCGAGCUCUCGCGACACUGAAAACGCGCGUCUGGUUGCGGCUGCCGUCGCGGCUGAGGCCGCAGCGACUGAAGAACGAGAGAGGAGGCUUCACGCUGAGGCACAGCUGGCUGCCGAACGUUCUGCUAGACUAGCGGCUAUAUCUGAACUGGAGAGGAACUCACAAAGACUGCUGGAACUUGCCGGCGCUGGCGCCGGUUCCAAUGCAGACGGUUGUCUUCGUGCCUUAGAAGAACAGUUGCGAGCCGCUGGCGAGCUCGCUACGAGACAGCGCGGCGAGAUCGACGCAUUACGGGAGCACUGUGACAAGUUACACGCGGAGGCGUGCCACGGACGGGAGUCGUCUCGUGUGCUGUCGGCUCGGCUGGCGGAAGCCGAGCGAGAGGCGGCAGAGAUGCAGGACUUCCUCGCCGCGGAGACCGGCGCGCUCGGGGACUCGCUGCGUGAUGCGGAGGCCGAAGUCGCGAGGCUCAGUGCCGAGCUUGAGCGCAGACGUGGUGAAUGCCGGCAACUGGUGCGCAUGUGCGAGCAGCGCCGCCAGGAGGCGCUGGCGGCGGGCGCGCGGGCGCGAGGCGGGGCGGGCGCGGCGGCGGCGCUGGACGCGCUGUCGCGGCGCCUGCGCGCGCUCACCGAGGCCGUGCGCGCCGCCUACUCGCUGCCGCACCACGCGCUGCAGCCCACCGUGUACCAUAAUGAAGCUUACUGCAGCCGCAGCGACAGCGGCGAGACCCUGUCCCCGGAGGACGAGUCUCGCGGCGGGCUGCUGGGCGCGGUGGCGCGCGCACUGCGCUCGGCCGCCACGCCGCUCGCACACACGGCGGCGCCCGCGCACGCGCACGACGACGAGCGCUCGCGCAUGUCCGACGACAACGACAACUCCGCCGACCUUCUCGACUCGGAGACGGAGCCCUGUCUCGUUACUGAUCCAGAAUACGCGGAGGAAUGGUGGUCGGGCGCUGAAGGCGCAGGCGCCUGGAGCGGCGAAGAGCUGUCGCCCGAAAGAGAGUCCUGCGGGGAUAUCGAUAAAGAGGCGGACGCGUCGGUGGAGGCGGAGGCCGACGGGUCGGGCUCGGGCUCGGGCUCGGGCUCGGCGGAGUGCGCGUCGGAGCGCGAGUCGCUGCGCGCGCUGUCGGCCGCCAUCGCGGCGCGCCAGCGCUGGGAGGCGGCGGGCGAGCGCGCGGCGCGCGGCGCGCUGCUGGACCGCGUGCUGGCGCUGGACGUGCGCCUGGCCGAGCUGCUGCGCGCGCUGGCCGCCGCCGCGCUGUCGGCCGGCGCCGCGCGCUCCGCCGACCUGCCCGCCGCCGCGCUCGCGCACGCCCUCCGAGAUAAAAUCGAAGUGACCGAGAAGAACGUAGCAGAUGUCGUGGUCAAAAAGCUGGCCGAGCUCGACGCUUGCAAAAACCUCAUGGAGCAAUACCAACAGUCUAUAGAAGCAUUAAAAAGUCAGCUCGCCCAACACGGUGAGGAGGAUGAAAUGAAACUGUUCGAGCAGUCCGCUAAGACAGCGCUCUAACCCAGUGCGUGCGCAGGACGCGCGGCGCCGGCGCGCCUGCACGUAGCGCGACGCGCCGCACCGCCCCCCCGCCUGCCCGCUCCGCCGCAGCGCCCGCUCCUCGUUGGAAUCUCGCUCAGGGGAGCGAUGACACGAUUUGAUUAAAAUCCAAGGGAGAAAGCGAAACGCGUAACUCGCUAGUUCGACUGUUGAUCCUUUGUUCUCCUCUAUUUCGUUCACUUGGUUGAUUCUCUGAUCGGUUCUGCGGUUCGUCCUCACCUCUGUAUGUCGUUUAUAAAGAGUCCACUUAUGUGGCUCGGUAUGUAAUGAUAUUUGUCUUCGAUGUGCUGAUACAAAAAUAUUUUUAGGGUUAAUAUUGGUCUGGGCACCUGCGGAAGUAGCCGACUCCGAAACAAUAUUACACAUUUAUUUAUUCUUCCCACCAAACAUAUAAUUACAAAAUUUUUCAACUUAGCUACUGGUUAUGAGCAUUAGUAUUAAUCAAUUCGCUGAGAAAGGCUUUUUAAAUUCCGCAAUAGUCAAUUAAUUCGCAAUUUACGUAUUCGAAUUAUUUUAUAUAUCCAUUAAUAAUCCCAAAAUAUCUUAGUGACAAAAAGCAAAUUAUAAUGAACACAAUAUCUUUAUUAACCUUGAUGCCUCCAGUUCAAAUAAUACGCUAUUAUUCAAAAUAAAAAAAUAAAUAAAAAAUCUCUUUGUCGUAUUAAAAUAUAAGGACCAUACAUCUUAAGUUUAAUAAAACAUUUUUAAGAUAAUUCUACUAACUAUAAUCAAAUACAGACGGUCAGUAAAUUAACAUAUUAUAUUAAUAUUAUUUAGUGAUCGAAACAUAGUACUGUAAGUCUUCGUAUAAAAUAACAAUAAUUAGAUGACUUCUAGUAUUUGACUAAUCCGUAAUGAGCAUAAUCUGUGCCAAGUUCAUAAUUAAAAAAAAAAUCAAACUCCUAAUAUUUUUGUGAAAUAUUUUAAUAUUACACAAAACAAAAACAAUAUUCAUGAAUCCGCUAUACCAAUACCGCUUUCAUUUCCUAAUUCUGAUUAUCGAUAUCUUAUUCUUGUUAAGUAUUCAAUAUUCAUGAAAACUAAAAUAAAUUGUAAGCCAAAAAGCUAGUUCACGUGUAUAUAUCCAACGGUGUCAAUAUAAUAGUUCAAUAUAAAGUCUUUAUAUAUAUUUGCGCUAAUAUAUUGACUUAAUUCAUAAAAAAAUAUUUUGCUAAAAUUAUUCAAAUAUUGCCAGAAUAUAUCCAUGCCAUUAUAAUAAAAAAAAAAUCAUCCGUCCCGCACACAUUAUAUCAGCGCUUGCCAUUUGAUGACAAAUAAUUUUAUUUAGAAAAAAAAAAUAUUCAAAAUAUACAGCACGCAUAUACGUAAACAUGGAACAAUUUAGAUAGUCAAACAAUGGUAACGUAUUUAUAAAUUAAAUAUAUUAAAAGUUUGUCUAAAAAAUAAAUUAAAUUUUGAGUAGUCAUUGGCUGAAGAUGUAGUUUGAUGUAGAAUAGAAAUAAAAACUAAGAUUACACUUAGAAAAAGCUAAGCGUGUGAAGAGAGAUAGAGAUGGCUAUAUAGUGUUCCUGAAGAUUAUAAAUAUUAUUUAAAUCAUGAUUUUAUUGAUCUCAAUGUGUUUUGUAAUCAAAAAUAAUAUUUCAUUUAUAUGACCAUCCUACCUAUCCUACAAUUAUGUUUAAGGUACUAACAGUAUCAUUUUUAUAACUAUACAUAAGGAUGGGUUUUCAUUCCGAAAAAGCAUUUAUUUUAUGUUUGUUUUUUUUUUAUAUUUAUUUAAAAUUGGAACCAUACAUUAGUGAAAGGGCUAAAUACGCAAAAAAUCUACGCAAAUCGUCUAGAAUAAAGAAAUUGGAUCAAAUACAUAUUCUUAAUAGUAGAUGACUUAUGAAAUAGUUCAUUCCAACUUCAAUGAUAAAGUUGGAAUGAACUAUUUCCGAUCGUGUCGGAUGUGCCGUCCCAUCGGAUUAUAAUCGGAAUAGUGCGUUUGCACACACUUGUGCAAUGUAUGUCCCGCGUAGUGGACUGGUCUCCGUUGAGAUUAGCCGCCGUGUUCCAAAUCUGUUAGGUUGACAUCGUCACUUGGAAUAUGUCUACUUUAUAGUGCAUCGCGACAAAGCACUUCUAAUGUGUACAGGAUAUCGCUUGAACAUUAACAAACUUAUUAGCUAUUUGAUAUUGUAAAACGUCUACUAUUUACUUGUAAUUAAUUUAAAUAUAUCACGCCAUAUGAUAAUGUUAUUGGUUUUCCAUAUAUUGGACCUCACUGUAAGGAACUAUUAUUUAUCUAUAAGUAUCGGUCUUUGCCUCGUAUUUUGUUUAAAGCAUAAGACAAUAUUUCUCGUGAAUUUAAACAAUUGCUACUUAAAUAAAUAUGUAAAGAAUACUACAUUUAUUAAAUCACAAUUAUUAGUGUUUGUGUGCCAUUAACGAUUAAGACGUUACUUAUGAAAAUGUUUAUCCAUAAUUAUUUCUUCUAAGGUAAUCAGUGUAGUAAUAAAAGCGAUGAAUAAUUGUUGUAAAUAAAAAGUAUAACAUCAUGUUUGAUAUUACAGUCUAGUCAAUACAAAUUGUCAAAUUAUAUAAAAGUUAAAUAUAAUUGAAUUUUCUGUAAUUCGAACAUGUAAAUAACAUAAGUGAUAAGAUUAAUAAAUCAAUAUCAAACCUUUCGAUGGAUAAUAUUCGAGUCUUGUAUGUUGCCUUUUUUUAAUUAAUUUUAAAUAAUGGUAACUCAUUCACUGCCGAGAUAUGCUAUUUAUAAACCUUGUGGUUUAGAAUAUAUAAACGAUUAUCAUGACAUUUCAAUAAUUCAGUUACUAAAACGAAUGAGACUGAUGUUGUAUUUAUGUUGAUAUUAUGCAAUAAAAUUUGUGUUAAGAAUUUCCUCUCAGAAAAAAAUGAGUGAUUAUUUCUUUCGAAAAACUUCUUUUUAUAGUUAUCGCACGUUUGUUAAGCAUUUUUUUUUACUAUAGGAACUAGAAAGACUUAUUUAAAAUACUUAUAUGUUAUAGUACAACAAAACAUGCUUCGUCCGUUCAUAUGCCUGCUUUAUGAGUAGCAUUUUCAUCAUAUAGAUACGUUAUUAGAUGGCUAAAUAUAAUACCAGUUAUAAUGUAUUGCAUUUUGACUGAAUUGUCACAUUGUGAUGUACAUAUGUAACUUGUAAAUAAAAAAUCCCA